AUGGAAUAUCUUACCCUCCAAGAUAUUCCGCACCGCCACUGUGAACCACUGCACUCGCGCAAGAUGAACUCGUCACAUUCUGCAGAGAGUCCGCUGGCAAACAUGGUUGCUGCGAACCAUCACAUGCGCAGCUCUCCACCAAUUCAGCCUGGAGAACAAAGCUUCCCCGGCAAGCUCCCUUCUUUUUCAGAGUUUCUUCACACUACCCGAACCACCACACCACCAAGGACACCCCAACGUCGACAUGGAUCGGCCGACAGCUCUCCUCAUGCGCAGCCCCAUUUUGACGAGGUAGCGUGGGCCGACAGCAAACGUAGGCGUGUCGACACGCUUGGUGACAUCUACGCUCGCGGUAGCAUCGAACCGUCUUUUGCUGAGCCUCGCCGCAUGAGCAGCGCCAUCGACCCUGCCCUUUCCGGCUACUCACCCCACGUCUCCCACCAGCACUCCGUACAGCCUGUACCAUCAGCCUAUUCUCACCGUGCAACUCCUUCCUACCCGCCACCUCACCAGCAAGCGCCCCCAAUGAACCCCCAUGUCCGCCACCAGUCUUCGCCCGUUCCUCAAGGCCAGAUGCCUUUUGCGCAGCCAGCAAUCCACCAGCCAAUCGCUCAGAACCCUUAUCAACCACCCAUGGUUCAACAGAGCUACUAUCACGACCACCAGGCAGCCGCCUACAGCGGCUACGAACGGUCCCAGGAUUCCUACUACCCUCGAGCUUCCUACUCUGGUUACGAUGCACCCUAUGGCGGCGACAUUCGCUUCCAGCACAAUGUCGGUCUUGACCACAGUGCAUUCAACAGAAAGCGAAGAGGAAACCUACCCAAGGAGGCUACCAACCUACUCAAGGACUGGUUUGCGGCGAACCGUCAGUCGCCCUACCCAACAGAAGACCAGAAAAUGGAGCUUUGCAACCGUACUGGUUUGAGUCUCAAUCAGGUAUCCAACUGGUUCAUCAACGCUCGCCGUCGGGCCCCACAAAAGGAGCAGCGCGAACGCGAAGCCAACGGACCUGAUGCAUAG